UAUUCUGCCUGAGCCUCUCCCGUGGGUUUAGAGUUUUGGCUCCCGGGAAAGAUUUCAGUCCUGGGGGAAAGAGGGCUUAGUUUUGCAUGUUCCCAUCCAUCCUGCACGACGCGAAAGGCCCCUUAUCCAUCCACCUCUCAUGUGUACCGGGAACACCUCCACAGUGAUCAGCUCCUGUGUUUGUCUUUAGGAGAAGUAACCUAGCAGCUUUCCUUUUCAGGAGUUUUUUUUCAAUUGUCCUGGAGGUUCUGGAUUCCGUGCUUCAGGGAUGUCGCUACUUUGAGAGCAUCAUCCACAAAAACUACCAUUGCAUUUUUCUAUGAAUAAGCAAAACAAAGGAACAAUAGCAAAAAAUCGGAGUCUGAUGAACAAGUAACUUUUUGAGUCUGUGGAUACCACUCAAACUAAUUAAGAGUAUAGACUACUUGAGAAUUGUUCACAUCUCUGCAACUCAGGACGGACUGAACAGGGAGACGAGACCUGUGGACUGGGUUUUCCUCUUGCAAAGCUGAUACGGCACUUACGACUUAUCCCGCAAACCCUCAAGGAUAACACGUUUGGACGUUUCACAGGAGGCUCUUUGCACGUACAUUUUUCUAAAUGUUUGGGAUUCAAGAAACUAUAUCGCGGGGUGGGACGACGAUGAAGGAAGAACCGCUGGGUGGGCUGAAUUCAGUCCGCUCAUGGAUGCACACAGCUGGGGUGGUGGAUGCGAACACAGCCGCCCAAAGCGGUGUUGGUUUGGCACGGGCACAUUAUGAAAAGCAGCCGCCUUCCAACCUCAGAAAAUCCAAUUUUUUCCAUUUCGUCCUGGCACUGUAUGACAGACAGGGUCAACCCGUGGAAAUCGAAAGGACAGCUUAUGUGGACUUUGUCGAGAAAGAGAAAGAACCAAACAGUGAAAAAACUAACAAUGGGAUACAUUACAAACUACAAUUGUUGUACAGCAAUGGCGUCAGAACAGAACAGGAUCUUUUCAUACGGUUAAUCGAUUCCAUGACGAAACAAGCCAUUAUAUAUGAGGGUCAAGACAAAAACCCAGAAAUGUGCAGAGUUCUUCUUACGCACGAAAUUAUGUGCAGCCGGUGUUGUGACAAGAAAAGCUGCGGCAACAGGAACGAGACUCCAUCCGACCCUGUGAUCAUCGACAGAUUCUUCCUGAAGUUUUUCCUGAAGUGCAAUCAGAACUGUCUGAAGAAUGCAGGGAAUCCCAGAGACAUGCGCAGGUUCCAGGUCGUCGUCUCGACAACAGUCAAUGUAGACGGCCAUGUCUUGGCUGUCUCAGACAACAUGUUCGUUCACAACAACUCCAAGCACGGGCGAAGGGCUCGCAGACUCGACCCUUCAGAAGGUACGCCUCCUUAUCUGGAGAAUGCAGCCACCCCGUGCAUCAAGGCCAUCAGCCCCAGUGAAGGAUGGACUACAGGUGGGGCCACCGUCAUCAUCAUUGGGGACAACUUCUUUGACGGCCUGCAGGUCGUGUUUGGCACCAUGCUUGUCUGGAGCGAGUUGAUCACUCCCCACGCCAUCCGUGUGCAGACUCCUCCCAGGCACAUCCCUGGUGUGGUGGAGGUCACGCUGUCCUACAAGUCCAAGCAGUUCUGCAAAGGGGCUCCAGGGAGAUUUGUCUACACUGCUCUCAAUGAGCCAACCAUCGACUAUGGAUUUCAGAGGCUGCAGAAGGUCAUCCCCAGGCACCCAGGUGACCCUGAGAGGUUACCAAAGGAGGUAUUGUUGAAGAGAGCAGCCGACCUUGUUGAAGCAUUGUAUGGAAUGCCCCACAAUAACCAGGAGAUCAUUCUGAAGAGAGCAGCCGACAUAGCUGAGGCCCUGUACAACGUUCCCCGCAACCACAACCAGAUCCCUUCCCUCGCCAACACGGCCUCCCAUGGCAUGAUGGGAGUCAACUCUUUCAGCGGCCAGCUAGCUGUCAAUGUGUCCGACUCGCAGGGAAAUGACCAGGGCUACAGCCGGAACACCAGCAGUGUGUCUCCACGAGGCUACAUCACCAGCAGCACCCCACAGCAGACCAGCUACAACACAGUCAGUAACAGUAUGAACGGCUACGGGAAUUCUGGCAUGUCCAACCUGGGUGUGCCCGGCUCCCCUGGGUUCCUCAACGGAUCCUCGGCCAACUCUCCAUACGGAAUUAAACAAAAGAGCGCCUUUGCCCCUGUGGUCCGACCCCAGGCCUCCCCACCCCCCUCCUGCACCAGCGCAAAUGGCAAUGGACUGCAAGGUGAGCCCCCCUCACCCCCUCAUCCAUUCCCUUCGGACUACUGGGCAGAUACCGCAGCUCAUGCCUCUGUCCGGUUUGCUAUGUCCGGCCUGGUUGUACCUCCAAUGUAAAUGCACUUUUAUCGUCUCGAGCACCAGUAUACUCACCACGCCACAGGACACCACUUUAUCACACAGCAAAGACACUGGUGUGUUAAUGAAGAUAAAAACAUGAUUUUCUUUUGAAAGACUAUAGAGCAAUUCAUUAAGAACUCAACAAUUUUUGCUUUUUCACUUAUAUUUUUCCAUUUGAUCACGCUCAAAGAAGAAAAAGGAUGGAGUGUUUAUUUUGGACUUUUUGGGUUCAAAUAUUACUUUGGCUCUGUCCAGUGAACCAUAUACUGGAAGGAACUCUGUGAACUCACUUUGUUCACAUUUGGUUUUAAUGUAAACACUGAUGAACAUUUACCUAUGGAUUUGUUUGCCUCAGAAAUUUUGUUUCAACUCUCAACUUUUAAUAGAUUCACAAUAGUGCGUCUUUAUAAUGUGACUUUUUGUAUUUUUAUGUGUGAGAAAAUACAGUGAGGGGCCAAGAAGGUUUACGAUUUUCAACUGGAAAAUAUAUGAGAUACCUAUAUAAUGUAGAAAUCCUUCAUAGAAGCAAAUGCAAGUAAA